AUGAAGCUCGCCGUCACUGUUGUUGCAGCUGCCGCUGUGGUCAGCGCCCGCUGCCCUCCCCGACCCCCAGUCGAUGUAAACGUCAAGUGUUGUGCCGACCUUGCUGCCGAUGCAUCCUUGAAGGGUAAGGUCUACUUGCCCGGCACGAGCGCAUACACGACCCGCCUGGGCGAGUACUACUCGGCCAAUGCCGCCCUCGCACCCUCGUGCAUGGUUCUGCCGACCACCACCGAGGAGGUGUCCACGAUUGCGGCCCUGAUCCACAAGAGCAAGUGCCAGUUUGGCAUGCGUGCAGGUGGCCACUCGGCCUUUGCCGGCUCCAACAGUGUCGCUGCCGGUGUGACUGUCGACUUUGGUUAUAUGAACACCACCACCUACACUGCUGGUGACCGCACUGCUGCAGUCCAAGCUGGUUCGACCUGGGGCAAGGCCUACGAGACCCUCGACCCCUUUGGCGUCACUGUCGCCGGUGGCAGAGCCUCGGUCGUGGGCGUUGGAGGCUUCAUCACUGGUGGAGGCUACUCGUUCCACUCGAACCGCGCAGGUUUCGGCUGCGACACGGUCCGCAACUUUGAGAUUGUCCUGGCCAACGGCACUGUUGUCAACGCCAAUGCCGAGGAGAACGCGGACCUUUGGCGUGCCCAGAAGGGCGGAUCCGGCAACUUCGGCUUCAUCACUCGCGUCGAUAUGGAUGUCCAGCCGACCAACAAGCUGUGGGCUGGCUUCGUCGGCUUCCAGCCCGAGCAGGUUGAGGAGUACUACGAGGCGUAUAUUGACUUUGUCGACAACAUGGCAUCGGAUCUGGCAAGCCAGACUCUGCUCGGUGUUAUCGCCAACGAGGGCACCACUGUGACGCGCAAUGCCAUCGUGUCCAACAGUCUUGGCAUCGUGCGACCGCCGGCCUUUGACCGCACCCUGUCCGUGCCCAACGUGACGGAGACUCUCUUCACCGACUCCAUCAACAUCAUUGUCCCCGUCUUUACCGGUCCUACUCCACUUGGUCUCUUCUCCAACUGGAUGGUCGAGAUGUAUGCCAGCGACAUCCGCAUCCUGACCUUUAUCGAUGCCGCCCUGCUCCGUGCCACGGCCAAGAUGCGCGCUGCCGCCCCUGACUCUGUGUUCCAGGUCCUCCUCGAGCUCCAGCCCGUGACACAGUCGAUGGUGCAGCACAGCACGGCCAAUGGUGGCAACGUCCUGGGUCUCGAGGCCGUGGUUGCCGAUGGCCCCGCAGUCAUGUUCCUCAUCGCCCUCACCGUCGACACGGCCGCCAACCAGGACAUCAUCCUGCCCCUGACGAUCGAGUUCCGCGAGGAGGUCAACGCCUAUGCCAACAGCCUCGGGCUCAACAAGAACUGGAAGUACGCCCCCUACGCGCUCGGCGACCAGGACCCGCUCUCUCACUACGGCGAGGAGAACCUCGCGCUCAUCCGGUCGGUGUCGAAGAAGUUUGACCCUACUGGCGACUUCCAGACCCUGCGUCGUUCUGGCUUCAAGAUUCCCGUCUAG